AUGCGUCUCCACGGCUCCGCACAGACGAUGUGGUACACCGGCGUCACCAUCGCUUCCGUUUACACUGUCAUCAGUGCCUUGGGGCUGAUCGGCAACAUCACCCUCAUCAAGACGUUUUGUUCUGCGAAAUCCAUCCGUAAUGUCCCGAACCUGUUCAUGUCGAGCCUUGCGCUGGGGGACGUUUUACUCCUGGUGACCUGCGCCCCGGUGGAUGCCAGCCGCUACCUGACAGAGGAGUGGCUGUUCGGCAGGGUGGGCUGUAAAGUCAUCCCCUUCAUUCAGCUCACCUCGGUCGGAGUGUCUGUGUUCACCCUCACGGCUCUGUCCGCUGACAGAUACAGGGCCAUUGUGAAGCCCUUGGACAUCCAGACAUCCAGCACCAUUACCAGCAUCGUCUUGCGAGCAGCGCUCAUCUGGCUUUUUUCUCUGGUCCUGGCCAUCCCUGAGGCUGUCUUCUCUGACCUCCACACCUUCAGCAUCAACUCCACUAAUGAGACCUUCGUCACCUGCGCUCCUUAUCCCCAUGCUGGAGAGCUACACCCCAAGAUACACUCCAUGGCUUUCCUCCUCAUUUUCUAUGUCAUCCCCCUGCUGGUCAUCUCUGUGUACUACACCUUUAUCGCCCGCAGCCUGAUGAGGAGCGCCUCAGAUUUACCUGUGGAGGGGAACAUGCACGCCAGACGACAGGCUGCAUCGAGGAAACGUUUGGCCAUGACAGUGCUGGUGUUUGUUGGGCUAUUUGCAGUGUGCUGGCUGCCCAGCCAUGUCCUCUACUUAUACCGCUCCUAUCACUACUCCCAGGUGGACACCUCGCUGGUUCACUUCGUGUGCAGCGUUUUAGCUCGUAUCCUGGCCUUCACCAACUCCUGCAUCAACCCCUUUGCCCUCUAUCUGCUGAGCAAGACUUUCCAGAAGCAGUUCAACCAGCAGCUGUGUUGCUGCUGCCGCAUGAUCCUCAAACACUCGUCGCAGAGCCCGGCGGGUCACAACACACACAUGACCACUGUUCGCAGCACACAUCACUCUGUGGCUAGUCUGAGUAUGAUCAACAGCAGGCAGGUCUGUCAGGAAGAAAGUGUGCAGGGGAAUGAGUGA